UUCCCAGCGCUCCCCGCUCUUCCUGGAUACUUAGGCGCGCUGAGCCUUGUAGAGCGUGGCGGCGGCCGGCAGGGUCCGCGGCGCGAGGUCUGGUUGGGCUCCAGGUGGUGCGACGCGGCCUCUGCUUCGGGCCAGUGAUCCCCGCUCCCUGGCUUUCCCUGCCGCUCGGGGACGCCUCCUCCUGCAGCAGCCCCACGGUCCUCCUGUUCUGCCCCCAUUGGUCCCGCCCUUCAGGCCGUGCCGCUCGCUCCCGUCUGCCUCCGACGCCGGUCCCCGGGGGAGAGCCGGCACCCGCGGGAGCCUGUCUCUAGGAGUAUGCAGGCAAGGUCCCCUGCACUCGGGGACAUGGAGGAGCUCCGGCGGUCCUACAGCCACCUGUGCAAGGAGUGCGGGGCCGAGCCGCAGGAUGCGGUCCUGCGGCAGCUGCACCAACCCCCGCAGGGCCGACUGGAUCUGGCUGGGCAGAGCCUGACGGUGGACACCUGCAGGGCCUUGGGCAAGCUGCUGCAGAACCAGACAGUGUGGACGGAGCUGGUCCUCAGCGACUGCAUGCUGAGCGAGGAAGGGGCCACACUGCUGCUUCAAGGCCUGUGUGCCAACACUGUCGUGCGGCUUCUGGAUCUGAAGGGCAAUAACCUUCGGGCUGCAGGGGCUGAGGCGCUGGGAAAACUCCUCCGACAGAACCAGUCCGUUCAGAGCCUCACCCUGGAGUGGAACAACCUGGGAACAUGGGAAGAUGCCUUUGCCACCUUCUGUAGGGGCCUAGCGGCCAACAGGGCCCUGCGGCAGCUGGACCUCCGAAACAACCAGAUCAGUCACAAAGGUGCAGAGGAGCUGGCCCUGGCCCUGCAGGGCAACACCACCCUCCAGCAGUUGGACUUGCGCUGGAAUAACAUUGGCCUCUUGGGAGGCAGGUCCCUGGUGAACUGUCUACCCAGUAACAGAACCUUGUGGAGGCUGGACCUGGCUGGGAACAGUGUCCCUGGUGAUGUCCUCAGAGCCGUGGAACAAGCCAUGGACCACAACCAGGACCAGCAUGCUGCCUUCCAGGAUAACCAGGCCCGGACCCAUAUCCUCAGCAAGGAGGUCCAACACCUCCAGGAGGAGAAGUCCAAGCAGUUUGUGGAUUUGAUGGAGACAGUUGAUAAGCAGAGAGAAGAGAUGGCCAAGAGCAGCCGGGCAGUGGCAGUUCGUGUGGGGCAGCUUCAAGAAGCCCUGAAUGAGAGGCAUUCCAUCGUCAAAGCUCUCAAGGCCAAGCUGCAGAUGACUGAAGCUGCCCUUGCCCUGUCCAAUCAGAAGGCCCAGGACCUGGGGGAGCUGCUGGCCACCGCAGAGCAGGAGCACAGGCUGGGACAGCAGGAAGCUGCACAGAGGGAGUCUAAGCUCCUCAAGGACUUGUCAGUCACCAAUGAAAAGAACCUACUGCUUCGAAACCAGGUGGAUGAGCUGGAGCAGAAGGUGAAGUCUCAGCAGGAGCAGCUGUUUCUGACCAGGCAGGAGCUGACCCACACAUCGGCUGAGCUGAAGAUGCGAGCUGUUCAGGCUGAGGAGCGCCUGGACAUGGAGAAGAGAAGGGCCCGGCAGAGCUUGGAGGACUUUGAGAAGCUGCACUUCAAGGAGGUGGAGUGCAUUAACCGCCACCUAGAAGAGAGCCAGAAGGCCACACAGGAGAGGGUGCACAGGCUGGAGGCCCUGCGGCUGUCCCUGGAGGAGGAGCUGAGCCGGGUGAAGGCAGCAGCGCUCAGUGAGCGUGGCCAGGCUGAGGAGGAGCUCAUGAAGGCCAGGAACCAGGCCCGCCUGGAGGAGCAACAGCACCUGGCGCACAUGGAGGAGAAGUUACGGUUGCUGGCGCAAGCACGGGAUGAGGCUCAGGGUGUCUGCACACAGCAAAAGCAGAUGGUGGUUGAUGCCCAGGCCCGGGCCAGCCAGCUCCGCCUGCAGGUGGAGGCGCAGCAGCGGCGCCUGGAGGAGCUGCAACAGGAGCUGAGCAACAAGGACCAGGAAAAGGUGGCCGAGGUGAGCAGAGUGCGGGUGGAGCUGCAGGAGCAGAUAGGCCGUCUGCAAGCUGAGUUGAUAGGCCAGGAGGCGCUGAGGGAGAAGGUGGCCGCCCUGGAGCGCCAGUUGAAAGUGAUCACUAGUGACCACCGGGGAGCGCUGCUGGACAAGGAGAGCGAGAAUGCAUCCCUCCGAGAGAAGCUACGGCUCAAGGAGGCGGAGAUCGCGCGCAUGCGGGACGAGGAGGCCCAGAGGGCAAGCUUCCUGCAAAAUGCCAUUCUGACUUAUGUGCAGGGGUCCCCCCUGAGGUCCCUGAGCCCCCCAAAGUGAGGGGAGGCAAGGAGGCCCCGGAGCACUCUGGCGCCGGGCCCAGGAAGGCUCUUUCUCCCGGAGCAGCGCGGUGGGAGAGGUGACCGCGAGCUGAGCUGGCGUGCCGCGAAAGUGAGGCGGGAAAUACAGAACUUCUUAAAUACAGAACUUUUGCACUUGA